AUGAGGGCGUAUAGCCGGUUUGUUAGCGACCUUGCGCGUACGCGGUACAACCAUAUUGACCAGUCUAGUGGCCUAGGACCACUCGAUGCCGAAAGAGUGCUUUGGAAGCCAUCAAGUCGCCAGCCACGCAGAUCUAGCCAAUCCACCCCAAAAACACAUAGAACCGUGAUUCGGCUAGCGCAACUGCUGAAGCAGCGGUCGAAGAGCCCCCCCAAGCCCAUCAAAUGCUAUACUAAAUCGAACUAUCAAGGCCCACUGCGAAUCGCUACAUAA